CGUAUUUAUAUCGCCACUGCCGACUCUGUUGUGAUAAACGAAUGUGACUAAGAGAUAAUUUGAUUAUUUGUAUAUAACCGUCGGUGUUGAGGACUUGCUCAGGUUCAAUGUAGGCUUCUCGCCAGCAAGAGACAGAGCACAGGGGUAAGAUGACGACUCAGGGUAAAACGGGUGUGGCACACAAGCUGAUGUUUUGGAAGCGUCAGAACGAGCCUACCCCCGAGGAGGCCAUAGAACGCCUUCGCAAUUUACAAGAACUUCUGUUGAAAAAGUCGGAUUACCUUGAAAGCAAAAUAGAUGCUGAAACGAAAACCGCAUUGGAAAACAGAGUGAAGAAUAAGAGAGGUGCGAUCCAGGCCCUGCGACGUCGUAAGCGAUGGGAGAAGCAGCUCAAACAGGUGGACGGGACGAUGGCGACGUUGGAGGUCCAGCUGGAGCUGCUGACAUCGGCGUCGGUGAAUGUCGAAGUCACGAAGUGCCUGAAGUUGACGUCAGAGACAAUGCAACGGACCUACGGCAACAUGUCGGCAGACAAGGUGGCAGACCUGAGGGAUGAGGUGUCGGACAUGAUGGAAGAUGCAGAGGAGAUCGGUGGCAUCCUGGCGCAGCCCCUUGGAGGCGAGGAAUUUGAUGACGAGGAUCUUCUGGCGGAGCUUGAGGAGAUGGACCAGGAGGAACUCACAGAUGACCUGUGCCACAUCCACUUCCCUUCAGUGCCCACUGAGAAGGUCAAGGUGAAAGAUGACAAGAAGGCCGUCGAGGCUAAAGAGGAAGAGGAGGAAGAACUGAGGAAGUUGGCAGAAUGGAUGUGACAUGGCCCAACAAGGAGGGACGUCACAUCAUCCCCUUAGACACCCGUGUCGUAAACAUAGUAUGACAUAAACACUCAUAUAAUAUCCUCUAUAUAUGUGUCAUGCCUCAGUAGUGCCCCAUUGUGUGGAAUAUGACUCCCAAUUGCGUGGUAUACCUCAUAACAGUAACAUGUAGCACACCUUUUCUGACGACAGUUCAUGUUAUGGAUAUUCCGCUUGGUUAUUGUGAAUAUAGUUAAGGAAAGAUCAUUUGCUUGUGCAAUAUUCAUGUGCAAUCAAAUAUGUUUGAAAACAAAAGCAUAAAAACAGAAGCUGCAUGACUUUGCAAUUCACACAUGAAAUGUGAAUACUACAUGAGGGAAGGGUAUAUCAUGUGUUGACUUAUAAGUAAUUGAAGAGGGUCGUGUUUCUUGAAAGUAUUUGAAUUUUUCCUUGAACUGUUUACAUCUACUGCUGUUUAAUAGUUGCAUUUUAAAGAAAACUCUGGUGUCAAAGCAAGUAGAUCCAAGCAAUCUACUUGCCAGCAAGGCCAGCUGGUGUUGACUGACCCCACCCUACUGGAUACUAUACUGGACGACAGGACCAUGCGUGACAAAAAUAAAGAUUCAUCCUCACAUGCUUCUAACAUACAGAAUGUCGUUUAAUGGACUUCAUUCCGCUGCAUAUGUCAACCAUCCCAUCAUCCAGGCUUCGGUGAAAGAGUAUUCCACCCAGAACAACCAGCGUCCGUGAUACCAGUCUCAAACUGCAUUCAACUGCAAGACCUGCAAUACAAUCACAGAAAAUGGCUUGCUACCCAGCACCAAAUGACAUUUAGGGACAAUAUCUAUGGACAAAAUCUAAUAAAAAUUGCUCAUAGCUGCUAGCUUCUUUACUGCGCCCUCCAUUUUUUUUUUACCUUCUUAAAAGAGAGCUGAUAUAUUUUUUUUAUGGAACAUUUCAAAUUCAAUCUAUGGAAAGAAUGUGAACAUGUUCUCACUGUUAACUAAAACAUAAUAACUGUACAGAUGGAGGUGAUACAGAACGAAAAUAAUAGCAGUAUAAUAAAGCAUUAUAUACAGCAUACACAAUUAAAGACCAUAUGUGAGGAGGUGUUAAUUGACAUUAUGAUUAGAGGGGAUACGCUGAAUGUUUGCUGUAUACAUUAAACAGAAAAAGGGGAUAAAAAAUGUCUGUGAACAAUCAAUGGUGGUUUUGCACGAUAACAAUACCACUGAAUGUCGUGAACCUUUUGUUCUUAAAAGCGUUUUAAAAACAGUAACAAUGUUGAAAGUAAAUGCAUUUCUCCAAUCACAAAGAUCAAUUUUUGCUUCAGAUUGGUCAGGGUUAGGGCAUACUCACUUACAUCAUCACCACAUAGAGACAGGUGACGCCAGACCUAUUAGACUCCCAAUUUAUAAGCAAAAUGCAGCCAGCAAAUAACGUACAAGACAGGUGCAAGAAAUGUUAGAAGCUAAUAUCAUUCAGCCCAGUUUUUCUGAAUGGCACUCUCGAGUUGUGAUGGUUAAUAAACGGGAUAGCCCUUGCCGCUUUGCCGUAGAUUAUAGACGAACCAAACCUUAUUUUCUCCUCUACCACGUUUUGAAGAUGUCGUUGACAUAUCUUUGAUUGUGCUUGUGGCUUUUGGCAAAUACCACCCAAUCCAGAUACAAAACACAAGUCGGCCUUCAUUACACCCUAUGUAGAUGGUGUUUUUGAAUGGAAUCGCAUUCCUUUCGGCCUCAAAAAUGCUCCAAUGACGUUUCAGCAAACCAUUUCAGCCACUAAAAGAAAUGUAUCGGCGAUCCAUAUUACUAUAUGUAGAUGACAUCAUAAUAUUUUCUAAAAUGUUUUGAAAUUUGAAUCACGUCAAGCAGAGACCAUAUAAUAUAUUAUCUAUUAUAUGGUCUCUGCCUCAAGGCAGUAUUCCAAAAGGUCAAAUAAGCUUGAGUAACUCUAAAACCAAGCAAAUGUAAAUUCGCGACAAAACAAGUCACCUAUUUAGGGCAUAUCUUUGGCAAAGAUGUCAUCCAUGUUGAUAUACUUCAACCUAAAUUCAGUCUAACAGAUCCCACCCCAAAAAAAUGUCCAUGACAUUUCUGAGGUUUGGCCUAGUAUUAUCUAUUAUCGCAAUUUUUUAGCAAACAUUUUUCUUGCAUCCCCUCCCUGCUAUACAACCUUCAGAAAAAAGACGAGUCAUUUGAAUGGUCCUUGCAUAUCCCGACCAAAACAAACCCUUCAUCCUCUCAAACUGCAAAAUGGUACAUUUUAGGCCAACUUGAUCCUCAUGGCAUAACAUGUAAUGAUGUUGUUAAUUCAUGUCUUUUGACAAUACAAGUAUCUUCCUUG